UUGUAAUGAAGCAGACAGCUUGUUUUGUCGUUAAAAAGACAUGAAUGAAACGUUUAGGAAACAUGCAUUUGAUUCAUGUAGAUGCGGUUUGAUAUCAUUGAUUAUGAUCUACAUGUAAGCAAUGCGAAAUAAAAAGAGUUUGUAAGAAAUAUAAGACAUUUGAUUAAAAUCACGUCUACAAGUAGCUGUUCGUAAUUUCUAAAGAAUCGUACAUCGUCAAAUGUUUCACCCGCUUAGUAAGAUACAGUGUAUACGUGUUGAAAGUAGAUAUAAUAAUACCAGAUAUUCUGCAAGGCAAGACAAUCAUGAAAUAUUUGACUGUUUUAUUGAUAAUGUCGUGGCUAGGUUAUUCUUAUGCAUGUUCCUGUAUCCCACAAACAGAUACGGAAAUAUACUGUAGCAAUCAAACAGACUUUGGUGUUCUUGUUGAAGUUAAGAAGAGUGGUAGUACUUUCCAAGGUAUGAAGAGAUACCGAAUAAACCUGAUAACAACGUACGAAUCAAAUACUGAGGAAGGGCAAACGGUUCAGGAAAACUUCAUGUAUACCUCAUUAACAAGUUGUGGUGUUUUUUUGGUGAAAAACAAGUUUUACUUCAUCUCAGGCAAGUACAUCGACAUCACCAAUAACAGAAAAGGGAUGAAGACUGAACUUUGUUUAGACUUGCAGAAGGAGUUUGCUUCACAGCCAACAUAUACCCCUCCUUCCUGUUCUGGACAGUAAAUAAGUUAACACACCGUUAGUUAUCUGAAUAAAUACGUCUUGAUAUUCUUAUUAGACACUUACCAUUUUAGUGUAUUUCUUACUGAAUAUGUGUCUACAAAAGCGUCCUUUAAAGACUAAUCAAAUUACUGUAAUAUAAUAAAUUCGAAAGUUACACGACCGAUUUACACUGAUUUAUAUUUACUGAGAACUUGAUUUAUAUUUACUGAGAACUGGACACAUGUUAGUUACAGAAUUUUUUAUUUUGAGUCUUCUUAUCUUGAUUUAAAACAUAAAACAAUGUACUUGAUAAAAUUUAUCAUACUUUGCAUAAGGAAUGAGAUAAGUGUAAGACCGUCUUUAUGACAUUUUGUAAUGAAAAUCUGCCAGCUGUUUUAGAUUGUCGGAUUUUAAUAGACAUACGAAACAGAGAAAUCUGUUGAAAUGAACUGAUGAAAUAAACCAAUACACAGCUGUUAUUGAAUAUAUUCACAUAAAAUGUGGGAUCAUUUUAUUAGUUGUAAACUGUUACAAAAGUCAAUAAGUUAUAUGAUUACAGAAAAUUUCCUUGCUGUAAUGUGAUUAAUCACCUGAACUUUCCGGGCCCGGUGUAACAGUCAGAUUUUUCCCCAGUCAGUUUUUUUCAGUUUAUAAAACAACCGGUUGACUUCUUCACUGGGGAAAAAACCAACCGGUUGAUUCUUUCCCCCCAUUGGUUUCUCCCCCACCCCCUAGUUUUUGUGUAUAAACAAGGGAGAAAAAAACAACCAGUUGUUUUCUCUUCCCCCUGGUUGCUUUUCCCCCCUAAUAACUAAGUUUUUGUGCAUAAACAAGGUUGAUUUUUUCUCCCCUCCUGGU